GUAUGGCAACAAGAUGGUAGCAUCCAUAGAAUUUAUUUUUUACAGACAAUAAUAUUUUUAUUUAAACAGCACACACUGUUGUUAACAUGUAUGAUGCAUUAAACUGCCUAAGGCAACAUUAAGAGGAUGGAACAGUUUGUUUUCCUAUCACUUUUGUUAUGUGCUGUUGUUGCAUUGGUCUAUCACAAUGCCAUCUGGUGUGGAUUUGUUUUUGAUGAUAUGUCAGCAAUAGUAGACAACAAAGAUCUCCGGCCAAACACUCCAUUUUUUGACUUGUUUCUUAAUGAUUUUUGGGGCACACCAAUGCAUAAGGAAAAAAGCCAUAAAUCCUAUCGACCACUAUGUGUUGCUACAUUUCGAUUGAAUUACGCUAUUGGUGAACUAGAUCCUCUUGGCUAUCAUCUUAUGAAUGUUGUUCUACAUGCUAUUGUCUGUGUUAUGUUUAUGAGUGUUUGCACAAUGUUUAUGACUGGAGGGACAAGUUUUUUGGCUGCAUUACUGUUUGCAGUUCAUCCAAUUCACACUGAAGCAGUAACAGGAGUGGUAGGCAGAGCUGAAACAUUGUCAUCCAUUUUUUUCUUAGGAGCCUUUAUAUCUUAUUCAAAGUCAACAGGAUACAGAAAACCUACAGAAUGGAAUCACCUGCUGUUAACUGUCUUGCUGGUAACAGUUGCUAUGCUGUGUAAAGAACAGGGAAUAACUGUGAUUGGUGUAUGUUGUGUCUAUGAGAUCUUUAUUGUUCAAAGGUGCACAGUGCAGGAUUUGUGGUCAAUAUUUCAAGGAAUUUUGAGAGGAAAGUCUGGCAUACCUAGUUGGCUAAAAACAUCAUUAUUUCGUGGUGGAUUCCUGGUGUUUUCUACUACAUUCCUUCUAUUUGCAAGAAUCAAGGUUAUGGGAGCUCAGUUACCAGUAUUUACAAAUUUUGACAAUCCAGCUUCUACCUCACCAACACCUGCUCGCCAGCUUACCUUCAACUACCUACUUCCAGUCAAUGCCUGGCUGUUGCUGAACCCAUCAGGUCUUUGCUGUGAUUGGACCAUGGGUACCAUCAAAGUUAUUACAUCUAUUUUUGAUCUCCGCAAUCUGUGCACUGUUGUGUUCUAUGCUGUUAUGGCAGCAUUAGGAACAUAUGCUAUAUUCCAGCAGACACAGAGGUCCAGAACUGUUGUUAUGAGCUUAGCUGUUAUGAUACUUCCAUUCAUUCCUGCAUCCAAUUUGUUUUUUCCUGUUGGUUUUGUUGUUGCUGAGAGAAUCCUAUAUACCCCUAGUUUUGGCUUCUGCAUGUUGGUGGCCCUUGGAUUUCAAAUUUUAAAAGAAAAAGCACAAUCUGGAAAAUUUUUGAUUGAAGGUUUGCUCGCAUUAUUAUUGGUGUCACAUGGAGCCAAAACAUAUUUCCGCAAUUUUGACUGGGAAUCAGAAUAUUCCAUAUUUCGUGCUGGUCUUAAGGUCAACCAAGGAAAUGCAAAACUAUUCAAUAAUGUUGGUCAUGCGCUUGAGAAGGUGCACAAGUUUUCUGAAGCCCUUGAUUAUUUUGAAAAAGCAGCCAGUGUUCAACCAGAUGAUAUUGGUGCACAUAUCAAUGUCGGUCGCACCUAUGUAAAUCUUAACCAGAGCCAUCCUGCAGAGAAAGCCUAUCUCAGAGCUAUCAGUCUUUUCCCUCCAAUAAUUAAAGGAAAGUCAUACCAAGCCAGGGUAGCACCAAACCAUUUGAAUGCAUACCUGAACUUGGCAAAUCUUGUAUCUAAGGAUCCUAAUAGAUAUGCUGAAGCAGAUCAGUUGCUAAGACAAGCUAUUACAAUGAGAGCUGACUUUGUGGAAGCUUACAUCAACUUAGGAGACAUUCAAGUCAAACAAGGAAGAAUUGAGGAGGCCAAACAAACUUAUGAAGCUGCUUUAAGACAAGACCCAUCAAAUGCUGAUCUAUUUUAUAAUCUAGGUGUAGUGUUGCUUGAACAAAAUCAAACACAACUGGCUAGGAAAAAUUUUGAAUUAGCACUACAGCAUAAUCCUGAUCAUUGGCAAUCUCUUUACAACUCUGCCAUCCUGAUGCAAGAGGCUGGUGAUCCAAGAGACCGAGAUCUAGCUUUGAAAAGACUUGAGCGACUAAAAUUACAGAAGGGAGAAGACCCAAAAGUCUACUUUAAUUAUGCCAUGUUGGCAAUGGAUGACCACAAAUUUGAGUUGGCUGAAACAAACUUCAGGAAAGCAAUUGAGCUUGAUCCAAAAUUUCGAAGUGCACUCUUUAACCUGGCAUUGAUGCUAGUGAAUAAUCUGAAACGCCCUUUAGAUGCUGUAUCUAUAUUAAAUCAGCUACUUGAGCAUUACCCUGACCAUGACAAAGGAUUAAUUUUAAUGGGAGACAUUAAUGUAAACACGUUAAAAAAUCUUGAUGCUGCAGAGAAUAAUUUCAAGAGUAUUUUGAGUAGAAAUCCAAAAAAUAGCCAAGCUAUGCACAAUUUAUGUGUUGUUUAUGUUGAACGUGGUGACUUGCUUCGAGCUGAAAAAUGUCUUAUACAAACACAAGAGCUGGAUCCAACUGCCCAGUAUAUACAAGAUCAUCUCAAAAUUGUUCGCAACAAAAUAGCUGAGGUAAGAAAACGUAUGGAAGCAGAAAAGCAGAAAUCUGGCCAACCCCAAACUCAACAAGGCCAGAAUAGGGAAAAUGUCACCCCUCCAAAGCAAACAAGAUAAUAUAUUUUACUUGGUUUAUAUGUACUUUAGUACAUGACUUUGUCUACCAUUUUGUUUAUAACUCAGUAAACAUAUCAUUAUAUUUUUUAUUUUAUAUUAUAUAUCAGCUUUAGUAAUUCAUAUCAUCAUUGUUCUUACUCUGUGAUUACAUUGUUAUUGUAUAUAUACAAAUAUACUGGUUAUUAUACCAAUUAUAUUAUAGGGAAUAUCUACACAUCUCCAUUAACACUGAAUUUCUAACUGUCUCAGGUAGUAUUAUGGAGCUUUUAUUGAUUCUAAGGUGUGACUAUACAUAACAAAAACAAUUAUUUAAAUAUACACCAUUCAUGAAUUCAUGCUGCAUUUUAAACACGGUUGUUCCUUUAUUGUUAAUGUUCAGUUUUCCUUUUUUCUUUAUUUAUUAAAUG